AUGAAAUGUUUUUUCUAUGAACAGAAUUUCAAGAGUGAGUUCAAGAAAUCAACAGGAAAACCGGACGAUGGCCCAUCCUCUUUGAAAACUGCUCAUAUCUCUUCUAGCAAUAAUCCUGAUACCAAGGCUUUAACUUGCGAAAUUGAAUACGACAAUGACGAAUCUUUGGAUAUCAAGGAAGAGCUUAUCCAAGAUCAUGAUACAGUUGCGGAGCAGAAACUUUAUAAAACAUACGAGUGGUGUACAACACGAGGAGGUUAUAUUUUAGUUUCUAGCACACUAGCCCCAACGAAUGACAGCUAUCAAGCGAAGUAUUCUUGUGACGAAUGUGAUAGGAGUUACAUUUUCUUUAAUUCCUUAAGCAGACAUAAACGCUUAGAACACGCAGCAGUCAAACCACAAUUUUUUUGUGAAUUUUGCGAAUUUAAAACGAAUCAAAAAACAAUUUUGUUAAAACACAUUAAUGCACGCCACAUGGGUAACAGGCCGCAGAAAACAAACUUACAGUCACCGAAAAUGAGGCAUUAUUGCGACAAAUGUCCACGAAGUUACACUUGGAUUCGCAGUUUAAAUGCACAUAAACAACUAAUACACUCAGAAGUCAAACUAGAAUUUUGUUGCGAUUUUUGCGGACAUAAGACGAUUCGGAAAAGUAACUUGUUGAAACAUAUUACUGGACGCCAUAUGAAGUAAAUCUAUAAUAAAUUAAAGAACUCUUUUUGCUACGUUAAAUGCUAUAAUUAAAUGUGUGAUUCAAAUUACUUUUUUAUAAAAAUCACUACAUACAGUCUGUCAAGUUAAA